AGGACUGAUGGUGCUGUGAGGCUGACAGAAGAUAGUGCUUCAUGUAGAAGCAGAACAUCAAAGGGCAUCACUGGCUGUACCACAGAAAAAACUGACAUUGUAGUUGCACCUGUAUUGGAGAUUUGGUUCAGAUCAUUAUAAAUUUGAUGCAAAUUUAUCAGUUGUCACCAUUUUUUGCCUUUUGUUUUGCAUUGUAGACCAUCAUAUUUGCACACACUGGAUCUUUUCCACAGAGAGUCAAGUGGAAGAUAUUCUCCAUCCAUGAAGGGACAUUCAGUCUGUGAGGCCAGUUGGUCUGAAGGAAUCCCCUCCCAAGUACAUGCAGUGUGGUUUCAGGGUCCUCAGAACCAGCUGUUUUGGGGUAUCACGUCUGUUCUCACCAUCUGCACUGUCUUCUAACACAAUCAAAUCAUUGAUGAAUUUGAAUAAUUUGUCAGUAAAUUAAAUACACUCAGUUCUAAGAUAAGUAAUACAGGUAUCACAAGCCUCUAAUCAACAACACGACAUUUGCACACCCUGUUAUCCUUACACUAAACAUUGUAGUUUUUGUGGAGGAGAAAAUAUGCUGGCAUUAAAAAAAAAAAAAAUCCAUAAGAGCUAUUGGAGGAGGGUGUGUUUGCCCACUAAAUGCCUUACUGAUAUGACUAAAACAAAUGCCAAAUUCAAGACAACUCAAGAUCCAAUUUCAGGCAGGUGAUGUGACUCAGACCUUCCUCUUUAUGUUGAUAUUACUGGCCAAAAUACAUACACGUGUUUCAGAGAGGGAGCCUCUUUCCAAACGAGGAUGUAAUUUGUGCAGUCCCCCACCAGAUGUCCCUCCCUCGAGCCCUGCACAGUCCCUUUAUUUACACACCGAGUAGUUUUGUUACCAGGUGUGACAGGACCAGUGAGUAGUGCCAAGUGUGGUGCCCGAGGUGCCGCUUGUGCUGGGAGUGAGGGAGAGAGAGGAAGGCAUGAAACAGGGUCCCCUGCCUGCCCAGGCUGCUUCCACUUCUCCCAGCUGAUGAUAUUCCUUCUAGCUGUGCUUGCUGGCUGAAAGGGUGAUGCUGUGGCCAAGGUUUUUCUGGGUCAGAGGAACCUGCACAACCGGUAUCUUCAUACAAACUCCAGGUCUGUCUGCAGCACAAGGAACAGGACAGGCGCCUGAGGACUAUAAAUUGACCUCUAACAGGCAAAUGAAAGAGCCCUGAGGAAGAAGUGCCUGUGGGCAGUGUGAAUCAACAGAAGUGACGGUGCACACCUCCAUGCACCUGCUAUAUGCUAAAUCUGUAAUAAAAUCGUCACAGCCCCAGACAUGGGCUUUGCCUCCCUUGCACAUGCAGACCUUUCCAACCUGCUGCUCUUACUGCUGAAUGUGGUAUCCUGUUCUGCUGCUGCUUAUGGGGAUGAGCCCAGCCUGGGCAAGAGGUCCUUGCCUCACUAUGAACAUGAUUCUAGUGCUGCUGCUGACUCUUCUCAAGACACAAGGCUACAUGUUUUCACACUGGACUAUGACUAUGUGCAAAUUCCCUAUGAAGUUACCCUUUGGAUCCUCCUUGCUUCUUUUGCAAAAAUAGGUUUCCAUAUUUUUCACCGAUUACCAAGAGUUAUGCCUGAAAGCUGCCUCCUGAUUGCCAUUGGAGCACUAGUAGGAGCAAUCAUCUUUGUUUCCCAUCACAAAUCUCCACCAGUGAUGAACACUAGUAUUUACUUCUUGUAUCUCCUUCCACCCAUUAUUCUGGAGGAGGGUUAUUUCAUGCCAACUCGACCAUUUUUUGAAAACUUUGGAUCCAUUCUGUGGUGGUCUGUUCUGGGAGCUCUGCUAAACUCAUUUGGGAUUGGUCUCUCCCUCUAUGGAGUCUGCCAGAUCGAAGCCUUUGGCCUGACUGACCUGAACCUGCUGCAGAACUUGCUCUUUGGCAGCAUGAUUUCAGCAGUGGACCCUGUGGCAGCUCUGGUGGUUUUUGAAGAAGCCUCUGUUAAUGAGCAGCUUUACAUGAUGAUCUUCGGAGAGUCUCUGCUAAAUGAUGGCAUAACUGUGGUUUUAUACAACAUCUUCAUCGCCUUCACCCAGAUGCACAGGUAUGAAGAAAUUGAAUCCAUCGAUAUUUUUGCUGGCUUUGCUCGCUUCUUCGUGGUGGGGCUGGGUGGAGUCUUGUUUGGCAUCGUAUUCGGAUUUGUCUCAGCAUUCAUGACUCGUUUCACCCACAACGUCUCUUCAAUCGAACCCCUGCUCGUCUUCAUGUUCAGCUACCUUUCCUACUUGUCUGCUGAAACCCUUUACAUCUCUGGCAUUUUGGCGAUGACGGCAUGUGCAGUGACAAUGAAAAAAUACGUGGAGGAGAAUGUUUUGCAGAAUUCUUAUACCACAAUAAAAUAUUUCAUGAAGAUGCUAAGCAGCAUCAGUGAGACCCUGAUUUUUGUGUUCAUGGGAGUGUCUACAGUGGGGAAAAACCAUGAAUGGAACUGGGCCUUCAUUUGCUUCACUCUGCUCUUCUGCCUCAUUUGGCGGACACUGAGUGUAUUUGCUCUCUUCUACAUCAGUAACAAGUUCCGAACGUAUCCUUUCACCUUCAAAGACCAACUCAUUAUUUCUUACAGUGGCCUCCGAGGAGCCAGCAGCUUUUCUCUUGCAUUCUUGCUUCCAGUGAAUCUUUUCCCCAGAAAAAACCUAUUCAUCACUGCGACUCUUGUGGUUAUAUAUUUCACUGUGUUCAUCCAAGGAAUCACAAUUGGACCAUUGGUCAGAUAUCUGGAUGUUAAAAAGACAAACAAAAAGGAAUCUAUCAAUGAAGAAAUUCAUGUGAGAUUGAUGGAUCACUUGAAGGCUGGUAUUGAAGACAUAUGUGGACAUUGGAGUCAUUAUCAACUGAGAGAUAAAUUUAAGAAGUUUGACAAUAAGUAUUUGAAGAAAAUUUUGAUUCGGGAACACCAGCCCAAAUCCAGUCUUGUGUCAUUGUACAAAAAGAUGGAGAUAAAACUGGCCAUCGAGAUGGCUGAGAGUGGCAUGAAAAUUUCAAAAUCAGCCAUUACUUCUUUACAGAGCGGCAGGGGCCAGGGUGCACACAGCGCGCACCGGCUGUCCCCGGCAGAGGUGGAGUCCAUGAGGGAUGUCCUGGCACACAACCUGUACCAAGUGCGGCAAAGGGCACCAGCAUACAACAGGCACAAUCUUCCUACUGACACAAGUGAGAGACAAGCGCAAGAAAUCCUCAUCCGUCGGGAGCACAGCCUGAGGCAAAGCUGCAGGAAGGGAAACAGCUUGCCUUGGGGUAGACCGGUUAACACCACAGAAGUACGCUACCUCUCCUUGCCUCAGGGUCCACGCCAGCCCACUAGAAGAAAAGCCAGGCAUGUUACUUUUACAGAUCAGCAUAGAAGUGGUUCUGAUGCUGCAUUCCCAUUAACUUUGAGAUCCCAGCCCCGACUACGGCCACUCGAAGCAAAGCACCACCAAGAGCUGAUUCCAAUGGCACACUUGGAUAGACCAGCAGGUCCAUCCCAUCUGUCAGGUCGAAGAGGAAAUUCAAUCAGCCAUCAUCGUUUCACCAGAGCAGACAAUCGAGCUCCAAAGCCUCGGUUCACUGUCAGAGAAGUCGAGGAGUAUGAGUCAGAAGAAGAGACAGAAACAAUGGCACCAGCCAGGCCAUUAGUUAUAUGAGGAGCAGAGAAGAUCAGUGUUUGCAUCUCUAGGGCUGCUGGCUCACUGUUUCAAAAGAAAUAACAAAGCUUUUAUAUGAACCAGACUAUGAUUUUGCUCUGGGGACCGUUGUGCUUGUUCUCGUAUCACUUUCAAGAGUUGUAUUAAGGUACUUAGUGGCUCAGAGAAGACUCAAAUUCUUAUGUGCUUAUAUCACGCUUGCUUUCCAACAAAACACUGCAGGAAAGAGGAGAACAUGAUAUUUUUAGGGGUUGGGACGUGGAUUUAAACAGCAGUAGAUGGGUGCAUGCAAUGCUAUGGGUGGAAGCUGAUGCUGCCUUUGUUUCAUACAAUGAUCUACAUCCAGAGGAUAGAAAUAUAUAAAGGCAUCCCUGAUGUGUGAAUGUACAGAUUGAUUACCUCAACUUGCAUAGAGCUUUUCAUUUCAGAGCAGCUGCAUUCUGAGAAAGAGUUAAAAACAGAAAGGCAUAUUUCCGGGCCUGUAAAUGUCACUGAAGAUGCCUAAGCAAGAUCUUAAGUCAAAAGUAUUUUCAGUGGACAUUUUCAGCACUUGGGAACCUCUUGGUAACUCAGGUUUUGGCUCUGCAAAAGUCCAUAAAGUCAUCAACUGUGAUGGUCUAUGACUCCAGCUACAUAAAUCAAUUUCAAUACGUAGGCUUCUAUCACUCACCUACCAUUCUGGAUGAAUAACGGAAGUGCCCUUGUAUGUACAAAUCCAGAGGAGUUUUCAGGCAGGAGUGCUGUCAGGAUUUUAUAUGUAAGAAUGGAAUGGCAAGAACAUACACAAUAUUUUUGUGAUUCAGCAAGAGGGAGGCUUCCUUGUAAGUAUCUAACUUCUCCAUUCCCCACUCCCACCUUGUGUGCCCAAAUGCAUGCAGCAUUUUUCACACUAUAACUGGACCAGCAAUGCAAUAGGAAGCAAGAAACUGGGAUUAAAGGUAGAGGAACCCUACUGCUGUAACCUGCUGGCUAGCAAGAAAGAGAGGCCCUGUGUUUGUCUCCCAGCUUUUAGUAGUGUGUCUUCCUAUAUGUUGUACAGAGAAGCUUUUCCUUAAAAAAAAUCAGAAAUAACCAGAGGGAUGUGUGCUACAGCACUUGACCUCCCAACCUUUCUGUGGAGCUCCCUUCCAAGUGGCUCUGCGUGCCCAUGCUCCACUCUCAGUGGUGGGUCUGCCUAGCAGCAGAAGAAGCAAGAAAUAUGGUCUUUAGUAAUUUUAGGUAAAUCCCAGACACCUAGUUUCUCUGAAGAAGUUCCUUUCUGCAGAAUGGAAGCAGCAUUGCCACAGCUUUCUGUGUCUUGGCACUAUAGCUGAAAUGAUUUUAUCCAAAGGGAUGAAUUGAGUCCAAAAGUCCAUAAACCCACCCUUAUAGCUGCACUAAAGUCAAAUCUAUGGUUAAGAAAUGCACCAAGUUCAGUCAUGUUUUUGUCAAGUUUCCUUCUGUCUCCUCCACUCAGACCUUGCUUAGCUGCCCAACUCAAGGACUGUAAAUGCUGCUCUGAGAGUCAGAGAUUCAAGGGUUAGAGAUAGCAGUGGUACCUGCAUGUUUCUCUUUUUUAUAUUGCUGGUAUUGCUUGUAUGUCCUGGUCCAUAAAAUAACUUAUUUAUGUAAGUUAUGAUUUCACAUUUCUUACAAAGUGUUUCUGAUUCAGGACAGGUAGAAUCUAAACUAACAAACUUGAAAAGCACUACCACAGGAAGAAAAGCCCCUUUCCCCAUUUUCUCAUGUUUGCAGAUUUUAUGCUUAGCAGGUUAUAAUGAAUCAUCUGUACUGAAACUGUACAAAGAUUUAUGGAACUUGAGAUCUGUUUGUAUUUCCUUAUUGUUCCAGGGAAAUUAUAUGACUUCCUUUUAUGAACACAGUGGUAUAUUAUUAAAACAGAGGAAGAUUUUUCUUCUGUACCGAUACUGAUUUAGCAAUGAAAUAUAGUUCUGUACCUGAAAAUCAACAAAUAAACCCAGCUCCACCAAAGGAGGAAGUGCUCCACAGGAUUUUUAAACAAAAGCCUUGAGCCAGAUCUCAGUUCUACAGCAAGUUAUAUUGACAUAUCAUAAAUCUAAAUUAAAACAUGAUAUUAAGGGAAAGAGUUAUACAAACUCCGGUCUUAAACUGCACUGUGAGCCACACGGUUGUCACAUGAUGCUUAAUUGAGGGCAAAAUUAGUACCCAUAUGAUGCGGUGUCAGGCCACAGAGAUGCACGUAGUGGGGAAACAGAGGUGUGAAACCUGCUUCUGCAUCACAGAGCUGUGAGGGUCUAGGAUCUCUGAAACUAGCUGGUGGAUGAUAUGAACUGCUGGCAAUCCUUGGGGACUGAGAGAAUGUGGAAAUCUGAAAGGAAAGUGAAGGGAUAGUGUUUCGUCUUCCAAGGGAGAUGUCUCUCUCACAAGAGACAGCUUUAAUGAAGGAAUUACUGUGAGCUGCAGAUUCAGCAUUUCAUCUUUAAGAAGAUUUAAUCAACGAAUUGUCUGGGGGAACUGGACAAAGACAAACUCUCUGAGACAAGGAUUAACAGGAUGUCAGAAUGGCAUGGGAAGGGACUAGACGUACAACAUGGAAAAGAGGAGGCUGUGCAUUUUGGCCAUUGUGUGUUUGACAGAUAUGCUCAAAAUUGACUCCUAAAUUCCUCAAAUAUUGUAGAAGUUGUAGAGCAUUGAAUAAUUACCCACCGGAAAUAGGGAGCAAAACAUUCAGUUUCUAAUUAUGGGUUUAUAUUAGGACUAGAGAAAAAAAUAAUAAAAUACUAAGAGAAUUAGUGCACAGAUAGAAUCAACUCUCCCUCCUUUGCUUCAUUCCUAAUCUUCUUAUUCAUGAAAUCAGUGACCCAAAACUUCAGAGAGUGUAAAGCUGUAGAGCAGCUAGAAGUUAAUAGAAAUCUGCUCUCAGAUUUGCAGUCUGGCUCCUAAACUUGUGAAGUCUAUUUUUAGUUUUCUUUCCUAGCAAUUAGUAAAUAGUACUGGAAGAAAAUUUCCUUCUAUGCCAUUAGUUGCUCUUAAUGGCUUUGCUGGCCAUCAGCCAAGAAGAAAUGCUGCAGAUGCCUACAUAAAAUAUGUUUGAAAAUAUAAUGUUGCACAUUUUAUUUUUUUCAUAGUUAUUUCUUACUUGUGGACAAAAAAGUUCUCCUGAAAGAAGCAUGUUACAUUUUAAAUAGUAAUAGCUACAGCAAUAUCUUAUUACAAGUAACUUAAUCCACGUCUGUAGGCUUUCAGGCCCUACCAUAAGGAAAGUUGACAUGGUUUAGGGCAUGAAUUUAAAUUCACUGCGUGGACAUUCUUAAACUCUUUAACCUGAGUCACAUCCAGGAACCUUGUGCUGAUAAUUUACAAAGGUAAGUUAAUUCAAGACCUUUUUUUUUUUUUUUUUUUUUUUAGGCUGGUAGAGUGCUAUUUACUCAGGAAUUUAAAUUCCGCACUGAUUUAAGGUGAACUGGCACAGGAAGCUCAUGCCCAUAAGGUGAAGAUUAUUCAAAAUCCAGAGAGGAAGUAAGAGCUCAGAAAAUUAGGACUAUUUCCUUGGGCAGGAGGAUAGAGAAGGACAGUGAGUUUCAGGAAGGAAUAAUAAUUAAUAGCCUUUACCUUUCACAGUAGA